GAGGUGAUGUGUUUUGAGCGCAGGGAAGGGGGGGAAGGAGGUGUGGUUGCGGUCGUGCACGUGUCGGGGUGUGUGCGUGGUGCGUGUGGUUGCAGGAUUGCGUGCGUGUGGUCCUGGGGUGCACGUGAGAGCCGUCACCGCCCGCGCAGGAGCGUGCGUGCACGUAGGGUGCAUCCCGGCGCUGCAGGUGUGUGCGUGGGUACCUGUGCCAUCCAUCCCCCUGUUCCCCCGUGCCGUGGCUCUUUGCAGUCUCCUUGGGUGGUGGGGGCUGUGGUUUGUGCCCCGCAGCUUCUGGGGGUCCUCACCCCUCUGGGGGGCUGGGGGCUGAGGUGGUGGUACUGCCCUUGUGAGCUUGGACCCGUUGCGAGGAGGGGAACUGAGGCACGGUGAGCACAGCUGGGAUGCAGCUGGGCAACCCUGCCCAGGGCUUGGGGGUACUGGAGGGUGCUGGGGGCUGCACAGAGGGCCAGGGAACCACCACAUCCCCGGUGUCCUCAGGGCGGAGAGCUGGCGCGUGGCAGAGCUUGGUGCCGAGGGCACUGUGCCCGGCUGUCCCUGCUCAAUGGGGCCGUUGUGCCGGGUGCCAGCUGGGAUCCCAGCACUGGAAGCCACGGCGGAAGCUCUUUGGGCAUGGCCGCAAUGCAGCAAGAGCUGCCCGUCCCAUGUCACCUUGGCACAUCAGUGGCUGUGGAGGGGUCCGUCCCUACGUCCCCCAGCACCCCACGGGGACUGGGGCACCCAGGUGGGUUUUUGGGGUUGGCAGCACACCCGCCGUCCCUCGUGGCUUGUGGGACAGCGGCGCGGUGCCCAUCACCUUGGCGUCAUGCCCACCGCCUCCCCUUUGGGAGAGUAGGGCCGGAUGUCCCCCCUCCCACCUCGCUUCCUGAGGGGGGAAACUGAGGCCUGGGAGCUUUUCCCAAGACCGGAGCGAGUUUCCAUGGCGAUGGGAGCCGGGGUCCGCUCUCCCAGGCGGUGCAGCUGCCGAGCACCCGCCGAACAAGAGAGAAAGCAGCACAUUGAUCGGAGCCCGGCCCCCUGGGCGCACGGCCCAGCGCCGGGCCAACGCGCAGCUAAAAUAAACCCUCCUGGGACAGGAGCCGGGCCGGGCUGCCGCUCGAAGCCCCGGGACCCACAGACAGCGACCGCCGGGGAGCGAACCCGUGGGCACCGAUCGGGAAAACGCCGACGCCGCGGCUCCAACCCCAUUGCGUUUGGGAAGGGGAGGGCAGGACGGCCGGGAAGGAGGGCACGACGGAAGCAGGAGGAGGAGGAGAAGCGAAGCGCCGCGUCCUGCUGCCGGCCCCUGUGCCGCGGGGAUGCCCCGAGCCCCCUGCGCGUGCUGUGGGAUGUGUGGGGUGGCCGUACCCGGGUGGCACCCAGCAAGCCGUCGCCCAGCCGGGCUGACACCCCUGUAGGUCCCCUGGCUCUGCUGGGCUCGCCGUGCCCCAGGGACGCUGGCACCCGCAGGGGUACCCUGGGCACGUUGGGCCUCGGGGCCGAGGCUGCAGCCAAACAGGAUGCGACGCUUCGAGACUCUGCGCCGUUCCUUCCCCUUCCUCGCCCGCUUCCGCGUCUACCGAAAGCUGAGCUGUAGCAUGCAGGCGGAGGAAGGCACGGACUGGCUGCUAGAGCUGCUGACUGAGCUGCAGCUGCAGCAGUACUUCCUGCGCAUCCGGGACGAGCUCAACGUCACCCGUCUGUCCCACUUCGAGUAUGUCAAAAAUGAAGAUCUGGAGAAGAUUGGCAUGGGGCGCCCCGGCCAGCGGCGGCUGUGGGAGGCGGUGAAGCGGAGGAAAGCCAUGUGCAAGCGGAAAUCUUGGAUGAGCAAGGUGUUCAGCGGGAAGCGCCCCGACUCGGAGCUGCCGCCUCAGCCCCACAGCACCUUCCGCAAGCCCCCGACGCCGCCUCCCCCAGACACGGGUGGCCAGCACUCCCUCACCUGCCUCAUCAGGGAGCGGGACCUCUCGCUCUUCGAGAAGUUGGGUGAUGGCUCCUUCGGUGUCGUGCGUCGCGGAGAGUGGUGCACGCCUGCUGGCAAGACGCUCAACGUGGCCGUGAAAUGCCUGAAGACGGACGUGCUGAGCCAGCCGGAGGUGCUGGAUGACUUCAUCCGCGAGGUGAACGCCAUGCACUCGCUGGACCACAAGAACCUCAUCCGCCUCUAUGGUGUGGUGCUCUCCCACCCCAUGAAGAUGGUGACAGAGCUGGCCCCGCUGGGCUCCCUCCUGGACCGUCUGCGGAAGAACCAGGGCCACUUUCUCAUCUCCACGCUGUGCCAGUAUGCCAUCCAGGUGGCCAAGGGCAUGGCCUACCUGGAGUCCAAGCGCUUCAUCCACCGCGACCUGGCUGCCCGCAAUAUCCUGCUCGCCUCCAAUGAGCAGGUCAAGAUUGGGGACUUCGGGCUGAUGAGGGCUCUGCCCAAAAAUGACGACCAUUACGUGAUGCAGGAGCAUCGUAAGGUGCCCUUUGCCUGGUGUGCUCCCGAGAGCCUAAAGACGCGCACCUUCUCCCAUGCGAGUGACACUUGGAUGUUUGGGGUGACGCUAUGGGAGAUGUUCACCUAUGGGCAGGAGCCAUGGAUUGGCCUCAAUGGCAGCCAGAUCCUACACAAGAUUGACAAGGAGGGCGAGCGGCUGCCGCGGCCCGAGGACUGUCCCCAGGAUGUCUACAACGUCAUGCUGCAGUGCUGGGCCCACAAGCCCGAGGACCGACCCACCUUCGUGGCCUUGCGUGACUUCCUGGUGGAGGCCCAGCCCACCGACAUGAGGGCUCUGCAGGACUUCGAAGAGCCCGACAAGCUGCACAUCCAGAUGAACGACAUCAUCACGGUCAUCGAGGGAAGGGCCGAGAAUUACUGGUGGCGGGGUCAGAAUAAGCGGACCCUAAAAGUGGGCCAGUUCCCCCGCAACACGGUGACCUCGGUGGCGGGGCUGUCGGCCCAUGACAUCAGCCAGCCGCUUAAAAACAGCUUCAUCCACACAGGCCAUGGAGACACCAACCCUCAGCAGUGCUGGGGGUUUCCCGAUAAAAUUGAUGAGCUGUACCUGGGAAAUCCCAUGGACCCUCCUGAUGUUUUAGGAGUGGACCUGAGCGCUGCCAGACCCACUCAGCUCCCAGGAAGGACUAAAAGGCAGCCGCCUCCGCGCCCGCCUCAGCCUUCCAUCCUGCUUACCAAGCCCUCCUACGACCCGGUCAGUGAGGAGGACGAGGGCCUGUCGGCCGGCCUCCGAAAGCUCUGCCUGAAGAAGCCGGGCCCAGGGAAGGGCCUGCGGCUUGCCAAGCCCUCUGCCCGCGUGCCGGGCACCAAGGUGGGCGAGCGGCAACCCGGCCGGUCACCCAGCGAGGGACCAACGAGCGGGGAGGUGACCCUCAUUGACUUUGGGGAGGAGGUGCCCCCCACCAGCCCUUCACCCGUGGGGGAGCUGACGGCCCCCUCCCUCGCCAAGCUGGCCAUGGAGGCCUUCUCACUGCUGGACAAGACCCCUCCGCAAAGCCCCACGCGAGCUCUGCCCCGACCCCUCCACCCCACGCCAGUAGUGGACUGGGACGCCCGGCCCUUGCCCCCGCCACCCGCCUACGACGACGUGGCACAGGACGAGGAUGAUUUUGAGGUGUGCUCCAUCAACAGCCCCCUGGGGCGGCAGGGCAGCCGUGCUGGCCUUCCCAGGGCACGUGAGCGGGGUGAAACCAACUAUGGUUUUGUGGACGAGGGUGAGCGGGCGGCGGGGCUGGAGGACAACCUCUUCCUGCCCCCCAAGGACACCAAGCAGCCCAGCCUGACGCAGACUACCGAGAUCUUCCAGGAGCUGCAGCAAGAGUGCAUGAAGAGGUUCAAUGUGCCCCGGGGGCCAUCCGCCUGCCUGGCUGAUGACAAACCCCAAAUCCCACCCCGCGUCCCCAUUCCGCCCCGGCCGCUGCGCCGCAAUGAACCUGGGCGUUGGUCUGGGGAGCUGUCCCCAGCCUCGGGGGGUGAAGAGGACCGGCCGCCCCAAAUCCCCCCUCGAGACCCACUGUCGCAGCCCACUUCGCGGACGCCCAGCCCCAUGGCCUUGCAGGUGGGCUCCCCCCAGCAGCGGGCUGCCCUCUGCUCCUGCCUGUCCACAUCGCCGGGGAAACCCAUGCCCACCACACAGAGCUUCGCCCUCGACCCCAAAUACGCCACCCCCAAAGUGAUCCAGGCGCAGGGCAAGGACUGUUCCAAAGGGCCCUGCAUCCUGCCCAUCGUGAAGGACGGGCAGAAGGUCAGCAACACCCACUACUACCUGCUGCCCGAGCGCCCUGCCUACCUGGACAAGUAUGAGAAGUUUUUCAAGGAGGCCAAAAGCCCCGAAGAGGCACCAGCAUCCCGCGUGGUGACCACGGCCACUGUCCGGCCCAUGGUGCAGCAGCAGCCUGACUACAAGGCCAACUUCUCCUCCAACAACAGCAACCUUGGACCCAAGUGCUUGGUGAAGGCUUCCUGCAGCCUCCAGAAAAUAGUGUACGAUGGGCCAGAUGGCUAUCGUCCCUCGGAGAAGAUCCGGCUGGUGCAGGACACGGUGCAUGGCGUCACCACCGAGGAGUGCCAGGCAGCCCUGCAGAACCACGGCUGGAACGUUCAACGUGCCAUCCAGUACCUGAAGGUGGAGCAGCUCUUCUGCCUGGGGCUGAAGUCCCGUGUGGAGUGCCACCGGGUGCUGGAGAUGUUCGACUGGAACCUGGCACAGGCCAGCUCUCACCUCCUCGACCCCUACAGCUCCUCCAGGCAGAAGCGGUGACGGCAGGGACCAGGUGAGCGACGCCGGACACAGAGCAGGCGUCUCGCUGCAGGGUCACCGCCCCGAUCCCACUGCCCGCUGCUGGACUCUGGACUGAGCCCCACCUGGGGGAUGGGGGCAACUCAAAAGGGACCCUGCCCAGCGCUUGAGACUAUGCCACAGCCCCUGUGCCAGGGGGUCUGCACCCUGGCUGAGGAGAUGAGCUCCGUCCCCUGGCCUGAUGUUGAAUUGUUUUUGUAAAGAGAAAUGUAAUUUUAAUAUAUAUAUAUUAUAUUA